AUGGACAAUGGCACACGCGAAAAGUUGCUUGUCCCGAAGGAAAACGAGUCGACCGAUUUGAAAGGAAGGAUUUACGACGAGUCGAAUAAAAUAUGGAGGGUGGCAUUACCCGGGAUAAUAGCAAGAGUGGCAUCGUUCGGGACUAUAAUUCUUACCCAAUCAUUUAUCGGCCAUUUAAGCUCGGUUGAUCUCGCCGGUUAUGCCCUCGUUCAAACACUCACUGUCCGUUUCGUCAACGGCGUUUUGAUAGGCAUGUCGAGCGCAACCGAAACUUUGUGCGGGCAAGCCUACGGAGCCCGGCAAUACCACAUGAUGGGAAUCUACUUGCAACGCUCGUGGGUAGUCGAUUUCUUAACACUAACGCUAUUGCUCCCUCUCUUCAUAUUCGGUGCCCCGAUUUUCAAGAUGAUGGGCCAAGAAUCGGACAUUGCCGAAUCCGCGGGCUACAUUUCGUGGUGGUUUAUUCCGAUGGUUUACAAUUUCGUGUUCACGCUCACGAUGCAAAUGUUUCUUCAGGCCCAGCAGAAGAAUAGUGUCGUUGCAUGGAUAUCGAUUGGGCAGCUCGCGGUGCACGUGCCCGUUUCAUGGCUGUUUGUGUACCGACUUGGGUGGGGAACGGACGGGGCCAUGGGGGCGCUCUGCGUGUCGAACUGGCUCGUGGCGUUUGCCGAGCUGUGGUACAUCAUGGGGGGCGGGUGCCCCGAGACGUGGAGCGGGUUCAACUCGGCCGCGUUCAGGGACCUUCUGCCCGUGAUCAAGCUCUCGAUUUCGUCCGGGAUUAUGGUUUGGUAA